AUGCCCGGACAAACCAACGGAGAUGCUGAUGACGAAGACCCUCAUCGCGUCGAGGUCGUGGAGGACGAAGCUCGUUCCGAGCGAGGAGAUGGUCACCCGAGCCCGGGCCCAAGUCCGGGCUUGAGGGAUAGCAAGGGCUGGGACGGCAAGCUACGCAUCGAUCGCACCGCCCUGGUCCAGAACCCCGAGGCUUUGUCGGAUCCCGAAUACUCGGAUGACGAGAACGUGUUGCCUGGGGGCGAGAUUGGUGCCGACGAAGACCUCCUAGACGACGAAGAUCCCGAAACCGACGACAUCAGCCUCACCCACUCACGGGUCAAGUCAAUAUCUGCCCUGCGAUUGGAACGAUUCAAGAACGUUGAGCGACUGUGCCUCCGCCAGAAUCUCGUACAACACAUUGAGGGGCUCUCUGGUCUGGGCCCCACCUUGACGGAGCUGGAUCUAUACGACAACCUCAUUUCACAUGUCAGGGGUCUCGACGAUCUGACCAAGCUGACCACCCUGGAUCUCAGCUUCAACAAGAUCAAACACAUCAAGCACAUCGAUCACCUGACCGAGUUGACCGACCUGUUUUUCGUGUCAAAUAAGAUAAGCACAAUUGAGGGCUUGGAUACAUUGACGAAUUUGCGCCAGAUAGAGCUUGGAUCCAACAGGAUACGGGAGAUUCAGAACCUGGACGCCCUGAAGAACCUGGAGGAGCUGUGGCUAGCGAAGAACAAGAUUUCAGAGCUCAAGGGCCUGGGAGGAUUGCCGAAGCUCAGACUGCUGAGCAUUCAGUCCAACCGGAUCAAGGAUCUGUCACCACUGCGGGAGGCACCGCAACUAGAGGAGCUAUAUAUCUCUCACAACGCGCUUGAAAGCCUCGAUGGCAUAGAAGAGAAUACGAAUCUGACAACCAUUGAUAUUUCCAACAACACGAUAAAGAGCUUGCGGGGUCUGCACUGUCUGAAGAAGAUUGAGGAAGUGUGGGCUAGUUACAACCAAUUGUCCGACUUCAAGGACAUCGAGCAGGAGCUGGGCUCACAGGAGACUCUCACGACAGUCUACUUUGAAGGCAAUCCGUUGCAGCUAAGACAACCUGCGCUGUAUCGGAACAAGGUCCGCUUGGCCUUGCCUCAAGUACAACAGAUCGACGCUAGUGAGUUCAAACAGUCCAUGAUCCAGUGA